CUCUUCGCCCGCCAUUCUCUCGACGCCAUCUUUAGCAUAUGAUCAUUGUUGUGACCCUCGUCUUAAAUUUCUUAUAAAUAUAUUGUAACUUUACUUUUUCUGUAAAAAGUGAAAUAUGGCUCGUACCAAGCAGACCGCUCGUAAAUCCACAGGAGGUAAAGCACCUCGCAAACAGUUAGCUACCAAAGCCGCGCGAAAAUCGGCACCCAGCACUGGAGGUGUGAAGAAGCCUCAUCGUUAUCGCCCGGGUACAGUAGCCCUCCGAGAAAUCCGUCGUUACCAGAAAUCUACUGAAUUGCUGAUCCGUAAACUGCCGUUCCAGCGUCUUGUGAGAGAAAUUGCUCAAGAUUUUAAGACUGAUCUUCGUUUCCAGUCUGCCGCCAUUGGAGCUUUGCAGGAAGCUAGUGAGGCAUAUCUGGUAGGUCUGUUUGAAGACACCAACUUGUGCGCCAUCCACGCCAAGCGCGUAACCAUCAUGCCCAAGGAUAUUCAACUGGCGCGACGAAUCCGCGGAGAACGCGCUUAAACUCGUUUAAUUAUAAUGUAUCUUAUAAAUUAUUUGUAAUUCAAUUAGAUAUAAAUUCUAACAUUGUUUAACGUCUCACAUUUAAUUCAUUUAAGUCUCUUAAUCAUUAUUGUAAGGAGGCAGAAGAACUGAUUUUUAUAAAUAUGUUCUUAAUUUAUAAGUUUCUUUGAUGUUAGUGUGGCCAAAGUAUCUGUCAUGCAGUACAUUGUGUCAACAAAAUAUCAACGUAAUUCUUAGUAACUUGGUAAUAUUAAGUAGCAUAAUAGUAAUAGACAAUAUUGGGCACAAGUAUGUGACCAUUCUGUACUUGCUAAAACUGCACUAACUUGUAUUGAGAAAUUGGUGUUAAUAAAUAUAAUUAGGACUUA